UCAAAUCAAGCGUGCUGAGGCGCCCCAGCAUGCUUACCAACAGCGGCCCAAUCUCACCAACAUUUUCCUAUCAGAACAUUGCAGCGGACGAAAAGCCUGGUCUGGGCUCAACGGGAAGCGAGCGCGCCAUUUAGAAACCCAGCGGCCGGUCUGCUCAACACCACUUCAUCGCUACGAUGGCUUGAGUACUUCUCGCCCUGGAUUCUCAUCUCUAUCCUCGGGGCCUUUGUUCGCAUACAGACAGCCCAUAUGGAGUUGAGCCGAAUUUUACGAAUCCUCGGAAUAUGAAUGCGCUUGCCGAUGGAAUCGCCAUUGCUGCUAUAACCAUAACCUCAUCUGUCGUUCUGGCGCGGGUUCAUUACUGGACGUACAUUUUGAAGCAGCGGAGGGGAAGACUCGAAGCAGCCUUUGUGAUUAUCGGCUUUGCGUUGUAUAUAGGGUUUGUUUACUGUUUGCUCCAUGUGUCACGGGUCGAGAUAGGCUGGUGGGUGCAUCAAUGGGAUGUGACUGUUGGGGAUAGGAUCGGAUUCUCAUAUUGGGUGUUCAUUGCUGGAGUUCUCUACAACGCCGGAAUUGCUCCCCUUAAGGUGGCUAUAGUUAUGGAGUGGCUGCGUGUUUUCUCGCCGCAGCCUCGCAGUGCUUUUUACUGGCUCUGCUACAUUUCUAUAUGGUUGAACAUCACGUAUUAUGUUGCUGCCAUUAUUGUUGAGAGCAUACAAUGCACACCACAUCAAUUUAUUUGGGACCGGACACUGAAGGGUACAUGUCUCAGCCCAAAGGCUGCUGAGGCAAUAGCUUGGAUUGAUGUGGUAUCGGAUAUCGUCUUGAUGGCCACCCCACAAGUAGUCAUCUGGCGCCCAGCAUUAUCGACGGCAAAGAAAGCUGGUGUGGCGGUGAUCUUUGCUGUCGGACUAUUCGGUACCAUUUCCGCUAUUUUCCAACUAAUUGCUAUUCAAUCGUCCUCAAAGUCAGAUGACUCUACCUACUCCGUUUCCCCGAUUCGCUUCUGGGCCCUCAGCGAAAUGAGCAGUGUUAUCCUUGUAUACGGGCUCCCGGCUGUACCUACAGCAUUUGCUAGCGCUUUCGCCAGAGUGUUACACUGCUAUGGGCAGUGGGCUCAAAAUCACGGUUUCGAUGGAAGCGUUCUGGGUCAUUGGCGUGGGCAAAAGAAGGAUCCCAGCAAGAGAUACACAAACCUUGAUAGAACGAGCGUCCCAGGCGACAUGGGUGACACGGCCACAACGCGGUGCAUCUCUGUGAUCGAAAAUCCAGUCCUCAUAAGGCCGCCUGAGCCCAUGUGCGUUAUAAAAACCAUAGAGAUACGGAGAGAUGAGAUCAGGGCCGAUGGACUUUGUGAUAUAGACAAAGACAUUGAGGAAGAUGUCCUGCUGCGCCAACACCCGUGGGUUAGAAUAAAAUAGACCGACGACAUGGGUUAUCCCUGUUGAACACGUUCGUUGAGCUCUUGGCAUUGAACAUUAAGCCGUGUGUGUGUGUCUAGAGUGAGGACCAUAAUUGUAUGAUAACGUAUGAAGCCUCAAACUCCAAACUGGAUAGGUAGGUCGUCGUGUACUCGGCUUAUAUGAUUCAGCUACCUAGGUACUCAUGUCAAGUUAACCAACCUAUCAGAGGUUCGAGUAGAGAAAUGCCAGGCCUUUCUGGAGAAACGAGCGUCGAAAACAACGAGCGAAGACAAUAUUAGCCUUGAUUUGAGCUACGAGUUGCCAGUUAAACGCAUGCAUCUUUCUGAGUGCUAUCAUGUGUUUAAUUUAUAUUUAAUCAAGACUGAAUUCAAAGCAAUCAUGCCACUAUGGUAUGCAGGAAUAAGUUGAAAGUGAGAUUAAGCUGCAACUUGCUUGCCGGUAAGUAUCUAUCGGGUUGAUUACCUCAACUCUAAAGUCUGUCUGCUCUCCGUAUAGGUACUUAUAUUCACCACCUACAUAUGACAGGGAAGUGGAUUGACGAGUUCAACAACAAAAACAUAACAUGAAAUUGUG